AUGAAGUUCUUCGAAAACAGAUUCACCUACGACUACUCCUUCCCCGCCGUCUCUCUCGCCUACUUCCUCCGCUACCCUAACCCCUACUCUCGCCAUGUCCUCACAACCGAUGUCAUCGACCGAUACGUCGAUCCAAACACCCAGCGUCUUCACACUAUCCGGAUCCACUUGAAGAAAUCAAAGAUCCCCUCUGGAAUCCUCAAGCUACUACCAAAGGGCAUGGGAGGCUCCGACAAUUCCGGCCAGAGCUACAUCCUUGAAAAGACCAUCGUAGACCCCAAAGAGGGCUGGAUGGAGACUGAGUCGCGCAAUAUGGAGUGGACUGGUAUUCUCAGCGUAGUUGAAAAGCAACACUACCAGCGAUUGCCAUCUGGGGAGGACCGUCUCGCUCUGGAUGGCCUGGCUGUUGACAAGGUCUCUGAGCAGACCACUGUCAAGACUACUGUCACUUUCCGCUCCAGGCUCGGCCAGGGCAAGCUCCUCGGACGCAAGAAGCAAGACACAGCUGGUGACCAUGCCGAUGCCGAAGAAGAGGCCACUCGCAAGGGAUUCUUCUCUUCCCUGUCCACUGCUGGUAUCCAGCGUACCAUUGAACUCAUCGGUGUCAGCCGCACCCGCGAGGCCGUGCUGAAAAGCAAAGAGGGCAUGAACAUCGUCCUCGAGCGUCUGCGCAGUGGUGGUGUUGUUGGUGUUCUGGAGGGCAUGCGCCAGGAUCGAGAGGCCGCAUUUGGACCCGAUGGUCCAUGGAAGCGUGUCUGGCUCCAGGGCAACAGCAAGGAUCGUUCUAUCGAAAAUGACGGCAGAUAG